GUUAUUUUUCGCUUCUCCUUCUCCUCUUUACUCCUCCUUCUCCUCCUCCUCAUCAAAACUCCUUUUCUCCUCUUUUCCCCCUUCUCUGCUUACAAGCCUUACAUUCUCUGGUGCGAUUUCUAGUUCCUCCACUCUUUUGGUACAAAAGAGUCGAAGUUCUCUCAUUCCCCACAGAUCACAAUGUGUCUGUGCACGCCGCCCUUGCCUCUCGCCGCAGCACAAGGUUUCGCAGCUCGUGCACCCACGUGGUGGUCUCGUUGGGCGGAGAUGCUAGUUUCAUCGCCUUCACCUUCCGCCGCCUUGCGCCCAUCUCCCGCCUCCCCUCAUACCCACCACCACCACCACCAUCCUCCUCCUCCUCCUCCUCCUCCUUCUUUUCUUCCGCCUACUACUAACACUAACAACAUUACUCCUCAUUCUUCACAUUCUCAAUCGUCCAUCCCUUUUUCUUCCUCCUCUGCGCAUGAGCCCUCCGGGCCUGUUCCUGCCGCCUCAUCCAGUCAUCGGUUUGAUCUCCAUUCCUCCCGCGCCGCUAUCGAAGAGCUGCGGUCGGCUUUAAAGCGGCACACCGUUGGUCAUUUCCCUUCGGGGCCCUCAGGGGAUCUGCCUCGCGGUCGGAUGUCCGCCGGGCUGACCUCCUCUGGGGGCGGAAGUAGCAUCACGUCUGACGCAGCCAUUCCCGCCUCCCAUCAUCCCUCCCACCCUCACUCCCACUCUGCUGCUCCUUCGCAAUCGUCUGUUCCUGCAGCCACCGCUGCAGCUGCCGCAUCCGCUUCUUCCGCCCCUGCUCCUGCAUCUGUCUCCCACCCAACCGCUACGCCUCCCAUGCCAGCCCCCAGCAGCGCUGGGUCAGGGUCCAACAAGCGCAAUAGCCCGAACGGCCCGGCCGGCGAUGGAACGCGGCCCGGCGUCCUGGGUCAUGCGGACCUUGAAGGCACUCAACCUAAACGGUUGCGCCCAGAAAAGCCUAUGGUCAAGUUGCUUCCGGCUCGCUACGAGCUGGCUGAUGCUCGGGAUUUAGUGGUGUUGAUCUCCAGCAUGCUGAUGGAGCUGAUCCGAUUCAACGACAAAAUCCCUCUGCAUCAAGGCCGGCUCACCCGCUUUCACUCUCGAACGCCACCCCGGAUCUCCGUCCACGACUACUUGCAACGACUGACGACCCACGCCACCCUCUCACCCCCGAUUUUGCUUAGCAUGGUGUACUACAUCGAUCGACUUUGUGCGAUGUACCCUUCAUUCACCGUAUCCAGCCUAACAAUUCAUCGGUUCCUGAUUACCAGCGCCACGGUAGCCAGCAAGGGGCUGAGCGAUAGUUUUUGGACCAACAAGACCUACGCACGGGUGGGGGGCAUCAGUAUGACCGAGUUGGCACUGCUGGAGCUGGAGUUUCUUUUCCGUGUUGAAUGGCGCAUUGUUCCUGAACCGGAAGUGCUCGUGGACUAUUACCAGAGCCUGGCAGAGCGGUGCGAUGGUUAUGCGAUUCAACGCGAUAGUUGA